CCCUCCGGGCAGCUAGAAAACCCCGGCCCGGGAGGAGUCUUUACCUGCCCCUGUGUCCCGGCGCGGGGGUCAGCGUCACACCGAGCGGGAACUGCAGCCUCAGGAAAGGGGCGCUGGGCCCCAAAGCCCGCGGAACGUGGGAGCCGGGGAGGCCGGACUUCGGGUUCAGGAGUGGGGUCCCGGGCGCUGACCUCUCGCGGCCGAGAGGCGGCGCUGAUCCCAGGUCCCGCGAGGGCCAGCGGACCUCGGGAGGGGGCGCCCGAUCCCGCGGCUCCGGCUCCGCUUCCCGGGAAGUUUCAAGUUUGAAAGUCCGGCGGAGGGGCCGGGGCUUCCGGAACUGCAGUGGUCGAGAGGAGGGGCCGAGCGGCCGGAGCGGCGCCAUGGAGGAGGGGGCGCCGCGGCAGCCUGGGGCCGACGGGCGGCCCCCCGAGGAUGAGAAAGAGGUGAUCCGCCGGGCCAUCCAGAAGGAGCUGAAAAUCAAGGAGGGCGUAGAGAACCUGCGGAGGGUAGCCACAGACCGCCGCCAGCUGGGCCACGUGCAGGAGCUUCUGCGCUCGUCCAACCGCCGCCUGGAGCAGCUGCACGGAGAACUGAGGGCGCUGCACGCACGCAUCCUGCUGCCGGGCCCGGGGCCCGCCGAACCUGUGGCCCCGGGCCCCCAGCCGCCCGCAGAGCAGCCCAGGGCUCGGCUCCUGGAGGCCCUCCAGAGGCAGCUGCACGUGGAGCUGAAGGUGAAGCAGGGGGCGGAGAACAUGACGCACACGUAUGCCCAUGGCACGCCCAAGGAGCGGAAGCUGCUGGUGGCUGCCCAGCAGAUGCUCCGGGACAGCCAGCUGAAGGUGGCCCUGCUACGAAUGAAGAUCAGCAGCUUGGAAGCCAGCGGGUCCCCGGAACCAGGUCCCGAGCUGCUGGCGGAGGAGCUGAGACAUCGGCUCCGCAUCGAGGCUGCUGUGGCCGAGGGUGCCAAGAACGUGGUGAAGCUGCUGGGUGACCGGCGAACGCAAGACCGGAAGGCGCUGGCCGAGGCCCAGGCCCAGCUCCAGGAGUCCUCCCAGAAACUGGACCUCCUGCGGCUGGCCCUGGGGCAGCUGCUGGAGGGACUGCCUUCUGCUCACCCUCUGCGUGGCAGAGUGGCCCGGGAGCUGCGGACCGCCGUGUCGGGGAACCCCCAGCCUUCCGGGGUGCUUGUGAAGCCCACCGCCCUGACAGGGACGCUGGAGGUCCGCCUCCUGGGCUGUGAGCAGCUGCUCACAGCAGUGCCUGGACGGUCCCCGGCGGCUGCGCUGGCCGGGAGCCCCUCCCAGGGCUGGCUCCGGGGCAGGGCCAAGCCGCAGCGUGGCGGAGGAGAUCUGGCCACCGAGGUGCUGGCUGUGCUGAAGGUGGACAAUCGUGUCGUGGGCCAGACUGGCUGGGGGCCGGUGGCCAAGCAGUCCUGGGACCAGACCUUUAUUGUCCCCCUGGAGCGGGCCCGGGAGCUGGAGAUCGGGGUGCGCUGGCGGGACUGGCGGCAGCUGUGCGGCGUGGCCUUCCUGCGGCUGGAGGACUUCCUGGACAAUGCCUGUCACCAGCUCUCCCUCAGUCUGGUGCCCCAGGGGCUGCUCUUUGCCCAGGUGACCUUCUGUGACCCUGUCAUUGAGAGGAGGCCCCGGCUGCGGAGGCAGAAACGCAUUUUCUCUAAACGCAGAGGUCAGGACUUCCUGAGGGCUUCACAGAUGAACCUCAGCAUGGCGGCCUGGGGACGCUUGGUCAUGAGCCUGCUGCCCCCCUGCAGCUCCCCGAACACGAUCAGCCCUCCCAAAGCGUGCCCCCAGACCCCGGCCCCACCCCGGGGGGCUGCCGAGCCUGCCUCGCCCAGUAAUUUCCCACCCAAGAAGAGCCCCUUGGGAGAAGAGACGAGGCCCCCACCCAAGCCCCCACGCCUCUACCUGCCUCGGGAGCCAACCCCCGAGGAGAUCCCGCGCACCAAACGCCCCCACAUGGAGCCCAGGACACGAGUCGGGCCGUCUCCUCCGGCCUCAGCCACCAGGAAACCCCCCCGGCUUCAGGACUUCCGCUGCUUGGCCGUGCUGGGCCGGGGACACUUUGGGAAGGUCCUCCUGGUCCAGUUCAAGGGGACAGGGAAGUACUAUGCCAUCAAGGCACUCAAGAAGCAGGAGGUGCUGAGCCGAGACGAGAUGGAGAGCCUGUAUUGCGAGAAACGCAUCCUGGAGGCGGUGGGCCGCACGGGGCACCCCUUCCUGCUCUCCCUCCUUGCCUGCUUCCAGACCUCCAGCCACGCCUGCUUCGUGACCGAGUUUGCACCCGGUGGUGACCUCAUGAUGCAGAUCCACGAGGACGUCUUCCCUGAGCCCCAGGCCCGUAACCUUCUGCUGGAUGCCCAGGGUUUCCUGAAGAUCGCAGACUUUGGGCUGUGUAAGGAAGGGAUCGGCUUUGGGGACCGGACAAGCACCUUCUGCGGCACCCCGGAGUUCCUGGCCCCGGAAGUGCUGACCCAGGAGGCCUAUACACGGGCUGUGGACUGGUGGGGGUUGGGCGUGCUGCUCUACGAAAUGCUGGUGGGCGAGUGCCCAUUCCCGGGGGACACAGAGGAGGAGGUAUUUGACUGCAUCGUCAACGCAGAUGCGCCAUAUCCCCGCUUUCUGUCGGCGCAAGGGCUCGAGCUCAUUCAGAAGCUCCUGCAGAAGUGCCCGGAGCAGCGCCUGGGCGGGGGUGAGCAGGAUGCCGAGGAGAUCAAGACCCAGCCUUUUUUCAGGACCACCGACUGGCAGGCCCUGCUCGCCCGCACCGUCCAGCCCCCCUUCCAGCCCCUGCUCUGCGGCCCCACGGACCUGCGCUACUUCGAGGGCGAGUUCACGGGGCUGCCGCCGGCCUUAACCCCGCCUGACCCCCGCUGCCCUCUGACUGCCCGCCAGCAGGCCGCCUUCCGAGACUUUGACUUUGUGUCAGAGGGAUUCCUGGAGUCCUGAGGGCUUCUCUGGCACGUCCACCCUGUCUGCCC